AUGCUUUACCGUGUUAUUUCGCUGAAUUCAUUGUUGAUAAUGAUAUACUUCGCAUGCGGGAUUCUUUUAUUUGUCCCAUACAGCGCGAACGCUAUGGCUGAUGAAGUGAUUAAAGUUUGCAAUAAAGCCGUUCCAAAUGGAGCAGCGGCAAUGGUACAGCGUCCAACUAUAACCGGGUGCUCUGAUUCAAACUCAGCAUGCUUCGCUAUAUUUACAUUGAAUACACCCGAUGUAACACUUCGAGAUCAACUGAAUCCGUGA